AUGGCUCCCUACACGCUCAAGUGGGGCAUCCUGGCCACUGGCGGCAUCGCUCAGACCUUCUCCAAGGACCUGCUGGCCGACCCGUCGGCUCGCGGCACGGACGAUGUGCGCCACGAGAUUGUCGCUGCCGCGUCGUCGUCCUCGGCCGCGCGUGCGGCCGAGUUCCUCAAGGAGGUCGGUGCGGGCGCCGACGCCAAGGCGUACGGCUCGUACGCCGAGCUCGUUGUCGACCCCAACGUCGACAUUGUCUACGUCGCGACGCCGCACAGCCACCACUUCCAGAACACCAUGCUGGCGCUCGAGGCCGGCAACAAGCAUGUGCUGUGCGAGAAGGCGUUCACCGUGACGGCCGCACAGGCCCGCAAGCUGGUGGCGACGGCGCGCGCCAAGAACCUGUUCCUCAUGGAGGCGGUCUGGACGCGCUACUUCCCGCUCAGUAUCCAGGUCCGCGAGCUGGUCAAGUCGGGCGCCAUCGGCACCGUGUACCGCGUCGUGGCCGACAAUUCGUUCAACUCCAACGCCGACAGCUCGGCGGCGUCCGUUCUCACGUUUCCCGACGACAACCGCAUGGUCAGCCUCGACCUGGCGGGCGGCGCGCUGCUCGACCUGGGCAUCUACUCGCUGACCUGGCUCUUCCAGAUCCUGUACCACCUGCAGUCGGAGGACGAGGCCAACAAGGAGGCGCCGCAGGUGGUGGCAGCGAUGAACAAGUACGCACGUACCGGCGCCGAUGAGUCGACGACACUGGUGCUGCAGUUCCCCGGCCACCGCAGCCAGGGCAUCGGCAUGACCUCGUUGCGCGUUGCCACGGGGGUGGGCUCGAAGCAGCAGAGCGCCCCGGCGAUCCUGAUCCAGGGCUCGGACGGCGAGAUCCAGGUGCAGGGCCCGGCGUUCAAGCCUCUCGCGUACCGGGUGAUUAAGAAGUCGGACGAGACGAAUGCGUCCGAGGUGCCGUGGAUCGACGUGCCGAUUCCAGAGGACAAGCGGCCGGGUUCCAAGUGGGCUGGUCACGGCAUGUUCUGGGAGGCCGACGAGGCGGCUCGGUGCCUGCGGGACGGCAAAAAGGAGAGCGCCACGCUGCCGCUGUCAGAGAGCAUUGUCAUCAUGGAGACGAUGGAGGAAGCUCUGCGGCAGGGAGGCGUCGUGUACCCUGAGUUGAUCACCACGGAUGUCUACGACAAGAACAGUCCACUCAACACUGGCAAGGCUUAA